GAGAUCGGAGAGAAUGUCGCCGCUUGUGAAGAGUGAAUGUUCGGUAGACGACGAUAUGCCCCUAGACUAGCCGUGCGUUGGGAGAGAGCGAGAGAGAGGCAUCAAUGCAGAUGUUCACGGUUGCAUGUGCAUAUGCAGCAGCAGCAGCAGCAGCAGCAGCAGCGUUUACCGGUGCGAGUCGUCCGUGGCUGGGAGCGACAUGUGCGUUUUUUCCCUUCGACUCAUGCAACUCAUGGAUCCAUUCCUCUCCCUCCAAUCGGCGGUGUGUGUUUAGCGUUCUGCUGGCACGUUGGGCGUCUACCGGGAGAGAAAGACGGGAGUAGUCUGGAGUAGUGAAUUGGUGCUAAUGCAGCAGUGGAGAAGUGGAAUGAAUGGCGAUGCGGU